AUGGUGUCACCACCGGAUUACUCGGACGCCUUCAAUCCGGUUGACAAGGACACAAAAACCCUUGAAAAGUGCAUCGCUGCCCGAAUCGAGGGCUAUAACGAUUUGUAUGACGACGAAUUAUGGCUUCUAUUCCAACAAGAAUUCGUAUUAUGGACGGAGCAGCACCUACGACAAGCACCAAUGCCGUCCCUCUUCAAGCUACGAAAAACGCUCCGGAGCAACGGCGUAUACGUGGCAAAGGACCAAAGACACCCGGCAAUCCCUCUUGCCGAAGCACGCGCUGAGGCUGAAAGACACCAAUGGACGGAGAGUGAGCUCAUACAGCUUAUACAGCAACGAGAGCAGCCCAAUUCACCGGACCUCCAUAUUACGUACGGCGAGACAAUUGAAAGGCUACGAAAUCCUACAAACCGAGCACCGCAGCAAAGUGCCCACUUUGAACAACCAGAAACGCCUUCACCACCUACAGCCACGCUACUGGGACCAAUGACAAGACAAAGAUCGCAGCUUCUACAGCCUCAAGAGGCAACACUGAAGGCACCUCUCACACAGCGAUUUUACAACCCGACAACCCCCGGCAUGACAACGACGUACGAGCCAACUGUACCCCCAACGACCCCGGGACGACAGGAUGUCGAAGUAUCGUAUACGGAACAGAACGGACUAUCGUAUAACGCGAAUAUCAGCCACCUACGAAAAGCGUAUAACGAAGAGAUCAAAUACGGAGGAAGCGAGGACACGUUCGAUAUGUGUUACCGUAUCUUUAUAGAGCUUUGUGGAAGCACCGGUGUACACACUGCUGAAGCAAUGAGACGAGCUCUUUGGAUUAUGCUGAAAGGAGACGCACUACAGUUCUAUUUCGAUAAUAUAGAAAAAUGGACUCAGCUACGAAUCGACCCUAUAAUAGCUGUCAAGAACAACUACGAGAACGAAGAGCACCUACGGCACGUACAAGAGCAAUGGGAUACAACAACGUUACCAUAUAUUGUAAGCAAGAACCCGGAGAAAUCGAUCUCUGAAUGCCUCGAGCUCAUGCUACAAGACCUACGUCGGCUCUACAACAAGCUUCGCCCACAGGUUCGAAAUGACAUUACGUAUCACGCAAAGUUGAUAUCAGCUACUCGCCUCGUCCCUGCGUGCCAUGCCGCUACGGGAAAACCUUCACUGACUAUUGCUGGUCUUAUAGAGGACCUACGGUCAAGUGUUAGCCAGUACGAAGACACGAAGCAAGCCGCGGCACAGCACCCUACUGAAUCGUACUAUACAGACCGUCGCUAUCACCGCCGACAAUCACGAUCACCGUACCGAGGCCGUUCACCAUAUCAGAACCAGCAGCAAUACGGUGACCGCAGACGCCGCAGCUCCUCAUGGAACCGCUCACCAAAAACGUGCAACGUUUGCAAGAAGGUCGGAUGCUGGUCAACUAAUCAUACCCCGGAAGAGCGAGAGAAAGCCCUACAGCCGUACAUGGACCGCGUGAAAGCGUACCUCACCGCUAAAGAAGGACAACCCCCGGCAGCUACGAAUCAGGACAGCCCGGACGACGACGAAGAGUUCAAAACGUUUCUCGCAGGCGUGGACGCACCUAGCAGAUACGAAACACAGGAUUAUGAGAGCAAAGGACCGUCAUAUGCUGUUAAUUACUUUACGAUUGCUAAUCCAGAGCACGAAGAAUACUCUAAAUCGCUCACUAAUGAUCUUGCCAACCGUUCCGCAGCUCAUUUUCUUCAAUCAAAGCUACGAUCCAGAGCCAACUCGGAGCCGCCCAAAGAUGGCACCAAUACAACAUCUAGAGACAUUACCGCAACGAUAGACACACCGUACGACACUCUCCCAGUGCUACCCCAAUAUUCUUUCCUUACCGAGCCCCGUUACUCGACAAACACGUUUAUAGGAGUCCUAAUUGACACCGGCGCUGCAGAACACUCUACGGCUGGAUACCCCCAAUAUCUUGCUUACCGGAGAACCGCUAGGAACGUCACACUCGAUACCUCUACAGCAGGACAGGCAGCUAUACGAUUCGGACCAGGUGAAUCAAUCAAGUCUAUUGGCUCGAUCGACGUACCGACCCCCGUUGGUGACGUACGAUUCCACAUCAUUGAAGUAAUGACACCGUUCCUACUCUCGAUCAAGGACAUGGAUCGACUAGGCAUCUAUUUUGACAAUACGAAGAACGUUCUCGUUGGACCGAAGCCCGGUAUGACAACGCCAAUCUCACGACGCUUCGGUCAUCCAUUCCUUAUAUGGGAUCACUCGCUCAAAUCGUACUUAACCGAAUCUUUUGACACCGAUACGUGCUUCCUCACGGAAACCGAGCUACGCCGCCUACAUCGCCGAUUCGGCCACCCGUCAGUCGAGAAGCUUCGAAAACUGCUCGUACGCGCUGGCCACGAUGUCGAUACCGAAGCACUAAAGCACAUAGGGAAGUUCUGCCACCAUUGCCAAAUCUACGGCCAAUCCCCCGGUCGUUUUAGAUUCACGGUACGGGACGACGUCAGCUUCAACCAUUCAAUUAUUGUCGAUAUUAUGUAUAUUAACGGAAAACCGGUGCUCCAUGUCGUUGACGAAGCUACGCGCUUUAACGCCGCACGUUGGCUCGAAAAUAUUUCAGCGAAAGCGACAUGGACCGCACUACGGAUUAUGUGGAUCGAUAUGUACCUUGGCCCCCCUGAUUUCAUUGUUACUGACGCCGGCAAGAACUUCACCAGCAAAGAAUUCUCGCGAGACGCUUCGUCAAUGGAUAUAAUUGUUACUACCGUACCUGUUGAAGCCCAUUGGUCUAUUGGCGCUGUUGAACGAUACCAUGCCGUACUUCGCCGUUCGUACGAAAUCAUGAAAGAAGAACUACCCGAUAUCUCCGCCGAAGCAGCCUUACAAAUGGCUGUAAAAGCUGUCAAUGACACUGCAGGCCCAGAUGGCCUUGUGCCGACCCUUCUCGUCUUUGGCGCCUACCCACGAAUGACUGAAUAUGACCCCCCUGCACCUACGAUUACUCAACGCGCCGCUGCGGUUAAGAAAGCAAUGACCGAGAUUCGUAGGUUACGUGCUCAACGCCAGGUCACCGACGCUGUCAACACCAGAAACGGACCAUCGUCAACAGCCGUACACCGUCUUCCUCUCAAUUCGGACAUACUCGUAUGGAGAGAAGGGAACACCGGAUAUGCAGGAAAAUGGACCGGACCGUACAAAUUACUAGUAAUGAGCAACGAAACGUGCAUAAUCGAGCUUCCAAAUGGACCGACCCCAUUCCGGUCAACAGCUGUCAAACCGUACUACACUGAGAUCGACAAAACGAAAGACGAAGCCAGCCCCGAUAAGACCACUACUGAGGACCGCACCCCGGAUGAAGAAAACGAACCUAUACCGCAUGAAACAAUUCCUCCACCACCUGCGGUCGUGAUCCCACAAUACGAACCCGAAGCAAGCAGCUUACAGCGCCCCCAGCGAGAUCGCCGCUUACCUACACGGUACAGAGAAGAUUACAUGCAGCAUACGUUCCUAGGCGAAUUCACGAAGGAGCAUGAAGACGAAUCACGUCACCAAUUCGCAGCUACCGUACUAGCCCGAUUCGAAGGUUCACAGCAGAAAGAGAUCAACGGUUUGCUAGAACGGGGUGUAUUCGAAUACGCUCAAGAAAAAGAUAUACCACCGGGCACGCGUAUAUUUACUGCAAGAUUCGUUAACGAAGUGAAAAAUAACGGCACCGACAAAGCCUUUGAGAAAUCGCGGCUCGUCGUACAAGCCUACAACGAUGAAGGCAAGGAGUACGUACUAACGCAGUCACCGACAAUACAACGAGCCAGUCAACGUAUCAUUCUCUGCUUCGCUACGAUCAUGAAAAACGUACGUUGUUACAUUCGCGACGUCACACAGGCCUAUAUUCAGUCAACAACGAAGCUCAAUCGUGACUUCUAUAUACGGAUCACACCAGAAUUAGCACAAUAUUUUCCCGGAGGUACGUUUCUCAAAGUUGUGAGACCUCUUUACGGCAUACCCGAAGCAGGCAAUCACUGGUUUCGUACCUAUCACAACCACCAUACGGAAAACCUCAAUAUGGACGUGUCCACCUACGACCCAUGCCUCUUACACUGCUCUGAUUCGAAGCAAGGAUUCGGUAUUAUCGGCAUGCAAACCGACGAUACACUAAUCGUUGCGAAUGACACCUUCGCAGCACGUGAAGAAGAAGAGAUCCGACGUGCGAAGAUCCUCUGCAAGCCCCGUGAACAGCUAACAACCGAUAAUCCACUUAAAUUCAAUGGUGCGGUUGUUACAGAGACUGCCCAGGGCAUUACCCUCACCCAGAAACGCACCUGCAGCCAUAUUCGGCCCGUACAAGAUCAAGCCGCGGAUACUACGAACUCACGUGGCAAAGUACGAAAAGAUGCCACACCGCAAGAGCAGUACAUUGCUCAGCGAGCUCUCGGUGCGUAUAUAGCUUCAAUGUCACAACCCGAAGCUUCAUUUGAUCUAUCGUACGCAGCGCAAGCUACGGAUCCACAAAAAGACGAUAUCAAAGCCUUGAAUAAACGGCUACAAUGGCAAAUUGACAACCCCGAACGAGGACUACGAUUCGUUGAACUAGAUGUACAGACCCUACGGCUUAUCGCAUUCGUCGAUGCUUCAUUUGCAAAUAAUAAGGAUUAUUCUUCACAACUCGGCUACGUUAUCGUACUAGCAGAUGAAGCAAAUAACGCGAAUAUCCUUCAUUGGUCAUCUACGAAGUGCAAGCGAAUCACACGUAGCGUACUUGGCUCAGAAACGUACGCACUAGCUAAUGGAUUCGAUGCUGCAGCUGCAAUCAAGUCAACCCUUACGCAGCUACUCCAUCUCACUGAACCACUUCCGCUAAUUGUUUGCACCGAUUCGAAGAGCUUAUAUGAAUGCCUCGUCAAGCUCGGCACCACACACGAGAAACGCCUUAUGAUCGAUCUCAUGUGCCUCCGCCAAUCGUACGAACGACAAGAGAUCACGGAGGUCAGAUGGAUUGACGGCAACAGCAAUCCUGCUGACGCCAUGACAAAGAGCAAGCCGUGCCACGCUCUACAAGAGCUUAUUGAUACGAACAAGCUACGUAUCAACGUUGACGGAUGGGUGGAGAGAUCAGUUACGACGCGCAGCCCCGAACCCAAGACUGUAAGAUUUGCUACACCGUUGGAAUCACCGAAGCAGUAG